AUGGGAAACUACUUUUGUUUUGAUGCACCUGGGUCAUUACAAGAGCACACUAUAGAGGACAUGAACGUUAGCACAUCUACAUUUACAUUAUUAUACUCAGUGUUUGCAUGGUCAAACAUAUUUGUCAACUUAAUUGGCGGUUAUUUAGUAGACAGGCUGGGCUCAAUCAUAUGUUGCUGCUUCACUGUGUUGGGACAGUUGCUAUUAGGUGUGGGUGCGUUUGUGGACCAAUUUUGGCUGAUGUUAUUCGCGCGCUUUGUGUUUUCGUUAGGCAGCGAUAACUUAACACUAAUCGGUUAUAUGAGAGCUAUUAAAUGGUUUCCCGAAAAUGAACUCAAUUUUGUGUUUGGAAUGCAGUUAAGUGUGAAUCGCUUCGGCAGUACUAUUAACUUCAUAGCUAUGGAACCGCUUUAUAAUUACGUCAAUCAAUACAUUCUUGGAUAUCAAUGUUUGGGAAUUGUUUUCAUGAGUGUCGCCGCUCUGCCCGCUAUUGAUCUCAUUUUGGCCAUAACCAUUCUAUAA